GAAAAUGUCGAGCAGUUUGUGAGAAUUCUCGAAAUCGCCUCUUGAACGAAUGUUUCAACGACUCGAAACACCUGCCUCACCAUCCACUCCCAUUGAAACUUCUUCUGCAGUGGUCGGAGUCGAAAGCGUCGACCGGAUCUGUUGAUUUCGUACCUAGGUAUUUCAAGUGCAUGCAACUGAACGCCAUCCCGAUACAUGUUAUAUAAACUAUUCCAUGGAAACUUUGCCCAUACGAUUCAUUUUAUUUCAAUAUUGAGAAUGAAUCCUCGAAGUUGAAUACGAACUCCAGUCCACGUACGAUGAACCUUCACGGGCACCUACCGCUAAAGAAAUCCAUCGUUGUGAUGAAUGCUAAAAAUGUUGUCGUCCGGAAAUCUGGAUCGCAGGCUGUCCUCGGUAUUGAUGAUGGAAUGUCGAUCGGAAGAAACGGAGCCCGGAAUCUAUCCCUUUGAUGACCGGAGGCCCUAAAAAUAUGUCGAUUCCAGGCUUUAUGCACAGCGCUCGGCAGGCAAUUUUCUACCACUAUUCGACACUCCAGCCAAACAAUCCAUACCCUUCCUAUCGAAUCACCCAAUCGAUCUCCGUCUAUGUUUCGUGAUUUACAUAUCCAGAGCAAGAAACGGUCUUGACGGCGAUAUCUAAUCGAGCUGGCAUAUACUUCUAUACACGUGAAGACAUCGUUAUGCAAUAUGCCUUUUGUUCAUGUUCCGAAAGUAACCACGGGAAACGAUUUCCUUUGGGUCCUGGUUUCAAUAAGUAGUGCCCUCUAAGUGGCGGACACUUGCUUAAUAUUCCAGUGGCACAAGUCUUAUCAGACUCUUCAAGUACCCUGCUAGCAGCUAGAUCCAUUAAGGUUAAAUUGGGCUUACCCCCACGAAGAAUUCCCCCCACUGCUGAAUUUUUAUACUUUUUGAUUGAUGAAAUGAUCGAAAGUGGGCAGAAUUGUUCCGACUCUCAAUAUUCAUCGCUCGUCCAGCUUAAGAUUCCCCGAUCUAUAUGGUAUUAUACAGGUAGUCAAAGGAAUACUAUACUCUAAGACGGCUAAUAUAAAAUUAUAGAGAAAUGAGAAGUCACAUCCAUCAAAUUCGCAUAUGAAUCUUACCACGCCGGUUCACUGCCUCCAAAAGAAACCCGAAAUUUUCCGACGGGAUUCAGGGGCCAAGACAACAACCAACACAACAAUUCCAUCCAAAUAAACCGAGAUCAUGUGCUAGAAGGAAUCGUUCUACUGGUCAAUUCUUGAUCCAUCAUCAAGAUCUGUUUCCUAAUUCGACCCUUCUUUUCAUUUAUUUGCUCCUGUUAGAAGUGGGAUUUGAACUGUGCAAAAUGACUCGUGGCACUUUUUGGUGGAUUUAUGGCGCACAAUAGCUGGCGUAAGAAGUCUCGGGUAAGAUUCUACUACUGUGUGACUAGUUUUAUUAGCAGGGAUGAAAAUUCAACGUCGUCCGUCAAAAAAGUAUUGACGACACACACCCAAUACACAGGAAUCCCGAGAGAGGCAAAAAAUAACAUCGGGCGGUCAGACAGUACUGGAAUUAGCACGAACCGAUUCAAGUGAAUUGAGUUCCAAUUUGCCCUUUACAAAAUUAUUUUACUUUUUCUUCGUAACGAAGCAUAAAAUUCUUAUGUGAGAUUGACCAUUCAACGGUUUGAUGAGAUCAGCUCGAUCAGUUGCAAAAGUUUAAAGUCUACACCUGUACUCUCUAUCCGGGCCCCUCUAUCCAAGUGGAAAUUAAAUGUCCAAUUUGAAUCCGAGAAUAGUUCUUUUUUGUAAAAUCUCCACCAUUCCGGUAUUUUCUCUUGAAGAUAUCUUGCUCAGAAUCCACUUUCAUUCUUUUUAUACCCUUUCACUACAUAGCGCGGUUGUUGAUAUCGGAUGAGAUAAAACUCUCAGCCUUGCAUUUCAGUCAUGGUACUGUUACACCAAUUCUGAUAGGAGGAUAUCAUAAAUCGAGCGGGCUGGCCCACAUAUUGCUAUUAAAAUUUUAAAAAUUAGUGACGGCACGAUCCAUAUUCACACUCUUUGAUCGGGAACUUCCUGAAUAUUCAGGAACAAUUAGUUGACACCGACUUUCAAACGGAGCUAGAUCAGAAAAGGUGUCCUUAGCUCGUUUUUUCUUGAUUCUCCUUCCGCGCUUCCCAUUCUUUCCCACACUCACACCAAGUCACAAAACUUCUUUUGCUUGUCAACACUCGAAGUCUUCCAUCUCCACUCAUACACCUAUCUCCAAAAACCUCAUUUUUGAGUUACUUCAUACACAUCAAUACAAUGGCCGCUCGUGUUGCUCCUAAGAUGGCUUCCCUCAUGGGAUCUGCCUCCGCAAAGGUUGCCCGCCCAAUGGUUCGAUCCAACCUUGGUGCUGCCCGUACCUUCACUGCCAUGAGCAAGUCCUCCAAGACUGCUUUCCAAGCCGUCAAGCGUCAACAAACCAGCCAAAUCCUCUCCAAGACCACCCAAAUCUCUGCCCGCCCAUACUCCUCUGAAAUGGCCAACGCUCUCGUUCAAGCUUCCCAAAACCUCGGUAUGGGAGGUGCCGCUAUCGGUCUUGCUGGUGCCGGUGUUGGUAUCGGUCUCGUCUUCGCUGCUCUCUUGCAAGCCGUUGCCCGUAACCCAAGCAUGCGUGGUCAACUCUUCUCUUACGCCAUUUUGGGUUUCGCUUUCGUCGAGGCCAUCGGUCUUUUCGAUCUCAUGGUUGCUAUGAUGGCCAAGUUCUUGUAAAUAUGUCGUCAUGCUUUGAUGAAAUGGGGAGGGGGUGUGUAUAAAUAUGGCGGAUGGAGAUGGGGAAUGAAGGUGGUGGUAUAAAUCAACGGUGCAUUGUUACAUCAUGGGCAUUGCAUGCAGUUGCAUAUAGAUGGUUUGGAUCGAUGAUAUAGAAAAAUCGAUGCUUCUUAUAGACGGAUUUCCUCUCUCCUCAUCAUAUUAGAGCAUAGAAUUUCUAGAUUAGACGAACAUACAGACAGAUGAUGAAUUGCCUCUCAAAGGGUAGUUCCUGUAAACUAUCAAUGAAGAAUGUAUACCAAUCCCUCUUUUACCUGUGCUAUGCAUGUAGGAUUCAUUAAUCUAGAACUUAGACUCGGGUCUUGGAGUAUCUGGGGCCGUGGCUGGGGGAUUUCCCAAACGCCAGCAGGUUGUAUGUAUGUAUGUAUGGAUGUAUGUAUGUAUGCGUUGAUUUGUUUACACUUUUUCGGGAUAUCUCGGGUGAAAAUUUUUCACUUGGUGUUUCGGGGACGUGGUUGUUGAAGGGAUCCGUAAUUUUCUGUUAUCUAUCGAUAAGGGUUGAGGACGGACGGACUCUCACGGCUUGGAUUUAUGAGUUAGACAUGGAGUGGGUAGCGAGAAUGUGAUGUUCACGUGAUGGCUUUCAUGGGUGUAUGUUAUCACGUGUGAUUGGAUGGAUGGAUGGAUAGAUUGGGGGUGGCUCAAAGGUGUGGGGAUGAGGAUGGGAAAGGAAGUCAGAGGGGAACUUGGAGAGAGGAGAUCAGGAUUGUGGAGGGCGCUUGGGAAGUCGGGUGUUGGGUGUUUGGGGGGAAGAUUCUAUUGUGUGCUGUUGUGAAUGUAUUGUUCAGUCUUUAUGUGGAGGGGCAACUGCGUUUAGGGAAGUUGAGUUCGUCGAUGUUUGGGGUAGGAAAAUAUGAUGUAUUUGUAUAUCAAUAAACCCUUGGGUCUGUUUAAAAACGCUACUCAGUUAAUGCGUUUGCUUUGUAUCAGAUGCACACGAAAAAGAAAGUAGGGAAUUAAAAAUGGAAGCAAGGUCUGAUUAGCA